CUGCUUAAGCGCGCUUGAGUACGGUUUAGGACACAGCAUCAAUGUUCUGGUUUCCGGGUGAGAGCUAGUACAAGGGCCCGCUCGAAGAGAGCGUGAUUGGACAGCACGAGCCAUAUUUCCGCCUUUUGCAUGGGGAUUCCUGGUAGCGCGUGGGACAGCGUUCCGGAAGUGACCAAUCAGAGCGCGGUGUAGCGAUGACGCCCUGGGAUUCCGCGAAAUUGUUUCUUUUGAGAAAGAGAACAGCGAAAACACUGCGGCGGCGCGCGCUCACAAGUUUUGACGCAGUUAUGAGGAAAACUAGCAAGGCAAAGGCACGACUCUGGGAUUUGCCCGACACACGCCUGGAAAUUGUACAAGAGUCGUACAAAAGAGUUAUUUUUGACGUAAACAAAAAGAGUUCUAUAUUCCACAGAUAAUCACAGACGCGCGUGCAGUGGACACCACGUUUCCUCGAGCUCACAUCUAUUCUCUGAUAAACGAGUUGCACAAGAAGAAGAAGAAAAGCUACAUUUGUGUUUUGGUUUUCUUUUCUUCCGGACAUCUUUAACUUGUUGCCAUUUAGUUGCCUGGUCUCGAAAGCAACCACCAGAUAAUCAUGACGGAUGUGGAUUUUGCCGCGACACGCGCUUUGUCCUCCACGGAGGGAGCGGAUGUGGAGGCGGAGAUGGAGAGUCAGGAGAGCCGCACGCUGCUAAUGGUGGCUAUGAUCCUGCUGGACUUGAACCGAUGCGGCGGAGUCUGUCCUAAGGGCUCCGUAGAAAGCGCCGCAAAUGGUCAAUCCGGCGUGUUGGAGAAGCGCCGAACGGCUGCGAGCGAGCGGCGGGGACGCAGCCGACAAAACGCCGUGAAGAAGCACCGAUGCCCCUAUGCUGGAUGUGGCAAAAUCUACGGAAAAUCAUCACACCUGAAAGCACACUGCCGUGUACACACUGGUGAGAGACCAUUUGAGUGCACAUGGCCCAGCUGCAUCAAGCGUUUCUCCAGAUCAGAUGAGCUGACUCGCCACUUCCGUACACAUACAGGAGAGAAACGCUUCGCCUGUCCCCUCUGCACCAAGUGCUUCAUGCGCAGCGACCACCUGACCAAGCAUGCGCGCCGCCAUGACGGCUUCCAUCCCAGCAUGCUCUGUAAUUCCAACAGCCGUAGACGCCGCUCUUCAGCCUCAACCUCGUCCUCUGGCUCCGGAGAUGCCGAGUGAUGUUCAGAACUUUUUAAAAACAACUUACUGAUUGGUAUAGGAUCUGCACACCCUUCUGAUGUGUACAAUGCCGAACAUUUUGUAACCGUCUCUAGUCUGAGCUUUCAGGUUAUCCAUAUGCGUCAGGUGAAUAAAUGCUUAACCUCUUUCACACAUGUAAUCUGCUAAACUGAUAGCAGUGAAGUGUGGGUAUAUGUAAGGUGACUGGUUGAUGAGCACAGUGGCAGAAGUGUAGGUGUGUGCUGAUAUAAAAUCUAGUCACCUAAACUAUUCUCAUGGUUUACAAUAAUUGUGAUGGUUAAGCAUUAAAGAAAAUAUCAGAAUUUUUCACGUAAAUCCAAAACGGACCAAUUCUUGUAAAAUUCAAGAAUGAAGCCAGGUUUAUUGUCACUGUAUACGAAGGAACUCAUUGAUUAUCAGCACAUGACUACUUCCAUGUCAAAUGCAAAGAAUCAGUUACAGUGGAUUUUAUGUUCAUUUUUUUGUUGUUGUUCAUAGAAAAUAUUGAUCGUCAGUAAAUGCCUGGAAAUAAGAAAAAAAAAGUACACAAUUCCCCUAAGACCAUUUCUAUUUAAUCAACUAGUAUAUUUGUUUCUUUAGUUUUGACUGAAACAUCAAAUCUAAUGUAGGUAACAAGUCUUCCUCAAACCCAUUUAGGACACUGUGGUGCUCACUGCAACCUAUAAACAUUAACAAAACCUCACAGUAUAGUUGAACAUUGUAUCAUGGAGGCGUCAAGUCUGGAAAACCUGAAUCACUUCCAUUUUCUUGGAUGUGUUUUGUUCUUCCUCUUGACCUUGCCUCUUAAAAACGAUAAAUGAUUGUUCUGAGCACCGAAUAAAUCAAAUGUCUGACAAAGCAAAUCGUUAUAUUCUUUAGUUGAGUUUUUCCAUGAAUGGUCAGGUCUAUAAACAUUUAAGAUGGUAAAUUAAGUCAAAUCAUGAUUCUGUGUGAAUAGUACAAGCUAAUGGCUAAUGUUAGCUAAAUCUGAUGACUACUUAUAUGUGGAAAAGUCACAAAACUGCAUUGCAUUAACUGGCAUUCAUUGUUAUUAGAAUAAGAAAAACUAUUUGUGUAGCAGACUAUGUGGAUCCAAUAAUUGUGCCAUUUUAUUACAAAAGGCAGGUAUGACUUCAUUCAGAUCAUAUGCUGUUCAUCUGUAUCAUUUUCAGACUGUAAAAUAAUGUGUAUUUAUGUAUUAGUUCCACACCCAUAUUCCUCUUUCUCCUUUCAGUGAUGUUGUUUCUACAGGGGAAUGUGUGGGAUCUUUUUUACACUGUUUCUAUCUGUUUGUAAUAAUACAUAAUAUAUCGGGCUGUAAUUCAAUACUGCCUUUAAAGUGCCCUUAUUGGCUUGUAGAAUAAUCCCCACCGUAAGCCAUUUUAAGUGUUGAUAUUUGCCUUUGUUGGUGUAAGCAUGACUAUAUAACUUGAGUUUCAGGAAUAUGGUGAAUAUAGCCAUUAAAUGUAAGCAUGAACACUAAAAUGCUUCAUAAUUAAUAUAGCUGUGUCUGGUAGCUAGUUGGCUAGUUGGGAUGUAAAGCAGUUUCUUUAAGCACACGUUGGGUGUGUUUAAAGGAAAUUGCACAGUUGAAAGGAAAUCAAAUCUGAAAGGAAAUAAAAACUGACAAGACUCCAUGUUAUGUCCAGUAACAGUAGCUGCUAGCUUGCAAGUUGACAUGAUUCUGCUAAAAGAAGACAAAGUAUAAUUUAACAAACUGUAGAACACCCUUAAAGCAGGUGCACUUUUUUUGCAACUUAAGGAGACAAUGGCUUGUUUAAAAUAAUACAGAAGCUAAAGGUCAGUCUAGUCUUAGCCCCUAGCUGCUAGAAAACAUCAUCUUCUGGUUUAUUGAGUGGCAAGGAAAAGGAUGCAUAUUUUAUUUUAUUUGUUUAUAUUUUUGGAUUCUAGUAAGAUUGAUGUUGCACAAAACUUCAUUUACAUAAUUUACUUGAAAUAUUCAAUGCUGUGACUUUGAUAUAAAAGCAGCCACCAGGUGAAUGACAACAGUACUAACGACUAAUAUUAGUGUGUUUGGUUAGUGCUUUAAUAUAGGCUCCCACUUCUGUAAAUACGUUUUAAAGAAACAGACGUAUAUUUCUAUAUGUUCGAAUUUUAAUGUUCUGUUUAUGCUUUUGACAUUUUGAGAAUGUAAAAUUACACUGCUUCCUUUCUGACAUUGUAUUAACUUCAUUGUAAUGAAUGUAGAAUGGACUGAACUAACCACUGACAGACGCUUUGUGGUUUUGUUUUUGCACACCUACCACAUCUGUAUACGUGAUAAUAUGGAAAGCCUUUCCAUUUUGCUGUAUUAUUUUCAACAGAAUGUCAUUUUUUCUGAUAAUAUAAAAUUUAAACAUAUUAAAAGAUGA